UAAAAUGUAAUAUAAUCUAAUCUAAUGCAAAGUACACGACAUCGUCACAAAGUACAGUAUGCGUAUACUGUACAUUUACGCCCAAUACAACAUGACAUUACACAGUCUCGCCUUUGAUGGCGAAUAGCGGUAUUGAGCUUACUGGUCGUGUGCACCUACUGACAAAAAACUUUUACUGAAGAAGAAAAGCCGGAAGUUAAAAGGGUAAAAACAUGGCAGCGACCAUCAGUUGUAUAAAGCACAAAGUGUCGUGCGUUCAACCCUCGCUGGUCUUCACCCUCCAGAGCAAGACGUCCCCGGCCAGUGCGUGUGCUCGACGGGUUGCGGAAAUUCGGAGCGUGAGAGCCGCAGCUAGCGCCACUGCGGACGUUCAACACAAUGAGAGGUUCUGCUUGGAGCUGGUCAGGUCCAGGGACUACGAGGGCUUCGUGUGCUCCCUCCUUCUACCAGAGGCGGCGCGACGAUCCGCCUUGGCUUUGCGUGCCUUCAAUGUGGAGCUAGCACAGGUGAAGGACUCCGUGUCCCAGAAAUCUCUUGGUCUGAUGCGAAUGCAAUUCUGGAAGACGGCCAUCGAAGAAAUCUACAGAGACAAACCACCCAACCAGCCAGUCAGCGUCGAGCUCUGGAGGGCGGUGAAGAAACAUAACCUGACCAAGAGAUGGCUGACAAGGAUCAUAACAGAAAGAGAAAAGGAUCUGGAUGACAGAGGCUACCGAAACCUACAGGAGCUGGAGUCAUAUGCAGAGAACACUCAGUCCUCACUCUUGUUUCUGCUACUUGAGUCUUUAGGUGUGAAGGACGUCCACGCAGAUCACGCGGCAAGUCACGUCGGCAAGGCGCACGGGAUCGUGACGUGUCUGAGGGCGACCCCUCAUCACAGCAGCCGGCGCAAAGUCUACUUGCCCAUGGACAUCUGCAUGCUGCACGGAGCGUCCCAGGAGGACUUCAUUCGCCGCAGCCAGGAGCAAAGCAUACGGGACGUGGUGUACGACAUCGCCAGUCAGGCUCACGUUCAUCUGGAGCAUGCACGCUCGUUCGGCCCCAGCGUUCCGGCAGCUGCGACGCCGGAAAUGCUUGAGCGGGUGGCGCUAGAGGACUUCCUGCAGAGGCUGAGGAAGGCGGACUUUGACAUCUUCCACCCGAGCCUGCAAAAAAGAAACCCCCUCCUCGCCAUCCAACUCUACCUGCGCUCCUGGAAGAAGACCUACUGAAGGCCCUCGAAGGCCUGAAUCGAGACUUUUGCGGAGGAUCACAAACAGGAAGUUGACCUGAAGAAAUAGCGGACAGUUCGAGUGGAUAUAAAAAGUCUGCACACGCCUGUUCCAAUGCCUGUUUUUUAAGAUGGAGUGGACUUUUCUCCGACAGUUUUUGUGAAGAUGAGCGGAGUGAAUAUUUACUUUGCAAGUCGACUCAGGAGUGUCCGUCCCUAAAUUUCAAGUUGGGGGCCACUGUGCUCCGAGUAUUAAAAAAAGAAAAGGUUAGUCUGGAUCCCUGCUACAGUUCAGAAUGGAGGUGUCGGGAUCAUACUUUGCGGCUAUGGAGAGAAAUAUGAACCGUUUGAAACAGCAAAACCUUCAGGCCUCUACUCGAAAGUACCAAAAAAAAAAUCAAUAAAAGCCCACUAGAACAACUGAGUUUUAUCUGCUUUAAGUGAGAGGCAUUCGAAGCGGUGGCAGUUAUUUGCUGACGCCCAUUUAACAUGAAUUUGAAUGGGAUUGGUUCAUUCCGAACAUGGUCACAUCCCGUUAGAAGCGGGCGUGCACACCUCGGGUUGUUAAUUUUUACCCUUUCCUCCUGGAAAGAGCCGCAAGGUUGUAGUUCACAUUCAUGGCGGAAAAAAGGUUUGGAAAUGAUCCUGGUCUCAUGUUUUCAGAUUCCAAAAACGUGGUACUUGAGCAAUAAGGCGUGUCGACUUUUUAUAUCCACCGUCGGUAACAAAAUAUUUCUGCUUAGUUACUCUGGUUCGGACCUUAUAUCAAACAGUCAUCCGAGUCUUGAAUUCAAGGUGUUCGUUCAAUUUGAAUCAUUUGCAUCGGCUGUCACUGUUGACUUCCUUACAUCACUUUUCCCACUCUUCUGUGAAGGCAGCAUGUGUUGCCGUGCGACUUGAAUGACGUUACUCUUUCAGGAUUCAGUAACGCGUUGAAAAGUGCAAUGUCUGAGGAGGUAUGAAGGUGUGUUUGUAUUUUUUUCUUUUGUUUUAUUGUUGUUGUUUUUUAUCACAGACGAGAGCUGGGAUGAAAGCUCAUUAGUCCUAAAAGAAUCCUUUUGCCUGCAGCAUUUUGUAUAAUUGACAGGAUUGUUUGGAACACAGGCACACCAGCUGUGUGCUGCGCCUCACUGGCUGCGGCUCAGUUUUAUUGACAGAUGUCCUCUAGAACGGCCAA